AUGCUGUCGUUGACGGACACCAUGAGCCUCUCAGAAAAGCAUUCCGUGGCGCUCCUUGUUUUGGAAGGCCUUGAUCUUGCGCUGAACGUGGUCGCCCACGCCCAGGAAGACCCCUCGCGGCCAGACGACGUCGGCUACACCCAGGCCGUGUUAUCCGACGCGAGGGGAAGAGCCUGUAUCGACCUGCAGAACAUGUACUGCAUAGGCUCAUCACGCGGAGCCCGCUUCUGCUCGCGGCUGGCGUCGGAGCUGCAAGGCCUUCGAGGUCUUCUCGUCAACGGGGGCUUGCGCUUUCCAAGGCCGAACAAUGCCUCGCAGCCGCUGCCAGUUGUCAGCAUCCAUGACGAGAAGGAUUCGGUGAAUCCCUUCAUCGGGGGAGGUCCCGGCUAUUGGGGGGAGCCUGUCCCCUCGGCGGUGCAGGCCUGGUCCAGCUUCAACGGCUGCAAGGAGAAGACCUUGAUGUCUGUAGAACCCAUGGAUGGCGCUUGGCUGGAGAGGCACACUUCCUGCGAUUCCUUUGCGGAAGUGUGGCUGCUGGUGACCAGCACUGGCAGGCAUAAGUGGCCGGGGAAUGUUUUCACAGAACUUGCGUGGCAAGUUAUGCAGCGCCAGCAGAUGCUUCGCGAGGGCUCCCAAGACUUUGCAGACUUGGGAGGACCCGACUGGCCUCAGUGGCCGCUCUACACAGGAGUCGCUCAUGCACUUCGCCUACCUUUUGUAGGCUUCAUAGCAGGCGCUCUGCUCAUGGCAUGA